AGGACCACAUCUAAAAUUUUAAUUUCGCCAUUUUAUAAAUAAUUUAAUAUAUAUAGACACACACCUCAGCUUCUUUUGUAGAAAAUAAGACCAUCAUCACCAUGCAGAUUCUCCUUCCUACCUCUUCCUUCAAAACAGCAUCCUCCGUCCUCAUCGCCGUUAUCUUCUCUGUUGCGGCGGCGGUGAUCUUCACCGUUCCAUCAGUUUCCCAUUUCGCGGCUUCUUGCUUUUCAAUCAUUUACGAUAACACCGUCUUCCUGCUCACGCCACCGUAUCUCUACCUAGUCGUCAACUGUAUCAUCCUCUCCAUCGUCGCUACAUCUAAGCUCACGCAUAAAUCGUGUUCCAGUACUGAUGAUUCUGACACGGUCGUACCAAUACCUACUUAUAUCGACGCCGGUUAUCUCAACGUGGCUCACGUCGUCGCUUCUGAGUACACCGGAGAGAAUGAUCCAACGGUGGAAGAUGUCCAUGAAGUCAUCGUUGAUGAUAAAGUGAUAGGAGAAGAUCAACAAAUAGAGAAGCCAAGACCAAGAACCGGUUCACUAGAACCGGAGACGGAUAAACCAAAACCAAAAGAUGGCUCGCUGGAGAUUCAGGUUCUGAAAAACACGAGUAAACCGCCGCGGUUCGGUCGGCAAAGGUCGCUUAAAGCUAGUCAAGAAGGUAAGAAGUCUGCGUUGGGAGUAACGAAGCCACCGAGGAGGCAAGACACGCUGGAGACGACGUGGAAAAAGAUAACGGAAGGACGCUCGACGCCGUUAACGAAGCACUUCAAGAAAUCCGACACGUGGCAAGAGAGGUCAAAGGAGAAGAAGAUGACCAAGUCUGGGAGCUUAAAACGCGAGGCGUCGCCGGGUCAGGAGGAGCUGAACCGGCGCGUGGAGGCGUUUAUCAAGAAGUUCAACGAAGAGAUGAGACUGCAAAGAUUAGAAUCUUUGGCCAAGUAUAACGAAUUGGUGGUAAAUGGAGGGACUCGUUUGUAAAUUAUUUAUGUUAUUUUUUUUCUUAGCUGUAGGAAAAGAAGAGGACGGCACCGGCACGGUCGCAAUUGUUGGCUCUUUUUUAGAACCACUUAAAGGUUCUUUUUGUCUUCAUGGGAAGAUGAAGAUAAAUUGUAUGUUUGUGUAUGUAUGAUUGUUCUAUUUAUUACUUUAAAAAAAAUCACAUUAAUCAUGUGGUUUAAAAUGAAAGAUGUUGUGUAAACAGAGUAGACAGUGACUAGUGUGAUUGAAUUCAUUGUAUGUUUGGUUUUUCAGAUUUUACAUUCAAUAAACAAUAUUACUAUUUAUAAUA